UGGGCGGGCCUGGCCUCGCCUCUCAGCUCGUGACUGUGAUGCUAUGAGGAAGGAGGACAUGGUGCAGUGUACACAUUGAGAGAUACAAAGAGAGGAGAGCUGAGCUCAGGAUGUUUGAGAACCUUCGGGAGCGGCUACUCACUGUCCAGCAAGACUUCACUAGCGGAUUGAAGAGCUUGGGCGACAAGUCUAAAGAUGCGAAGAUUAAAAAGCAGAGCAGGCAAGCCGAACAAGUAUCCAAGUUUCCAGCGGGUGUGGAACUCCUUAGCAGGUACGAAGACACCUGGGCUUCCCUUCACAAAGGUGCAAGAGAAUGUGCUAGAGCUGGGGAGCAGGUGGAUAGUGAGGUGGUGAUGCUUUCUGCUCACUGGGAGAAUAAAAGAAGUGGUCUGAUGGAGCUUCAAGAGCAGCUACAACAUGUUCCUGUAUUUCUGGCAGAUCUACAGUCUGUGACUGCCAAACUUGCUUUGCUAGAACAAAGUUUUGGAGAUGUAGAGCGAUGUCUGUCAGAGCUGGAGGACCUGUGUGAACAGUGUGAGUUUCGGAGGUGUCAACACGUACAGUAUAUGCAACUAGAGAACUACAAGAAAAAGAAAAGGAAGGAGCUGGAGAGUGUUAAAGCUGAGUUGGAUGCAGAACAUGCACAGCGAGUCCUGGACAUGGAAUAUGCUCAGCAGAUGAAGCUAAAGGAACGACAGAAGUUUUUUGAGGAAGCCUUUCAGCAGGACAUGGAGCAAUACCUGUCUAGCGGAUACCUACAGAUAACAGAGAGACGAGAACCAAUUGGAAGUAUGUCCUCCAUGGAAGUCAAUGUAGACAUGCUGGAGCAGAUGGAUCUAAUGGAUAUGUCUGACCAGGAAGCACUAGAUGUUUUCUUAAAUUCUGGAGGAGAAGACAGUGUAUUGUCUCCAAUGUUAGGCCCUGAUUUUGAAUCCUGCCGCAAUGAGAUCAGUCUUCAGGUCCCCAGCCAAGCAGAGCUUCGACAGAAACUGUCCUCGCUGUCCUCCACGUGCACUGAUUCAGCUAGUCAGGAAAACAGUGAAGACGGAGAAGAGUCACCGGUUAUCCAAUCAGAUGACGAGGACGUCCAUGUGGACUCUGUACUUCCAAGUGUUGGCCAUAUUCUAAAAACCCACUGUGAUGCUAGCGAUGAAAGUGAUUCACACACAGCAUGAACAGCAUCUCAGUGUUUUCUGGAAACAAAAGCUAGCCUGUACUAAUACAUCCCUAAAGUCCAAACACCUGCUCACAUACAAUUCAAAGGUUCCCUUUACUGAUUUACACAAACUAUUGUGUAUUGGGGUCAUUUUAAGAGGAUAAGAGUGUUUGAAAAAAAGCCAGCUGUGUAGAAAGGAGCCGGCGGUGACAACCGAAUCUCCCUAGGCAUGCAGAUCUGUCUAUGCACUGUUCCAGCAGUGGAAGUGUUUGCUUAGAUUACAAGGGAAAUGUUGUACUGCUGUCUACUGAAGGUUGAAUACUUAGCAAUAUGGCCGAGUGCCAUCGGGCAGAAAUUGUGGAUUUGCACAAUUGGAAAUGAGUCCAAAUAUAUAAAUAUAGUUAAUAGAUAAUUAUUUGUAAUGCCGUAUGUACUCAGUGUUUCAUUUACCUCCAAAGACAUAUGUCUCCGGAGAGAGGGCACAUGGGAAUUCAGUUUUGUAAUACAUAUCAGGGAUGUAAGCCUGAGGAAAAUUACCACCACUUCAUUGAAUCAGUAUUAGAUUUUUCCUGUGCCAAUUACUAUGUACUUUUCCUUGAUGAAUAAAAUUUCAUACCACAAA